AUGGGCCUCACCAUCAGCAGCAGGAACCAGGAUGCGCCCGCGGACCGGGUUCGUCACGAGUACACGUUCUUCAAGCUCCACGUGCUUCGACACGACCUUCGUGACUUCUCGUGGCUAUGGAGCACCCUGCUUGCGGACGUCAGGCGAAACAUCUUCCUCCCGUACCUCUUGAGAUUGCCAGGGGUCGAGGCUAGCCUAGAGGGCGACAGAGGCGGAAGGGCGAGAGUUGGCUCGCGUGACGAGUGCCCGCGUUAG